GCCACUUCCGCCAUGGAUUUCUGCUCAAUGGGACGCCGCCCUAACGGAUGCUGUUUUUAGGCUGAUCACUGUUUAAAACGUGAACGUGGAUAAAAAACUUUUCUGCGUAAGGAGAACAUCUGGUGCGCUAAAAAUUGAAUAAUAUCAUUACUUAAAAACAGAAAAUGGGCGGCGAAGAAGGACUCGGCAUAACUACUGGCCAGCCAAAUUUGUAUAAACAAGAUUUGUCAAAAUUGGUUGUUAGUGAAUUAACUGCACUAUCACGACAAGUAAUCAGUAGACAAGCUACAAUCAACAUAGGUACUAUUGGACAUGUAGCACACGGAAAGUCAACAAUUGUAAAGGCUAUCUCUGGAGUACAAACUGUUCGUUUUAAGAAUGAAUUACAAAGGAAUAUCACUAUUAAACUUGACACGGCGGACAGUGGUAGCAGCAGUGGCGAAUCGGCAGAUAUAUCCGGUGGCAUAAACUGUAAACUACCAGCUGUUUUCCAAAAACGAUGCUUUUCCCCUACUGGAAGCAUUGAAAUGUCAUCAGGCGCCAAACAACCCAAAUUGAACGACACAUCUACAGCAAGCGAUAGCCACACCAACAUACAUCACCCGUUGAACAACAGAAGGCUUCGUUCCUGUGUAUCGAGGCGGUCAAAGGACAGAAACAUCAUUACACAACGGGCGCUCGAGGCAUUUGAUAGUGGUUCUUAUGCACGUGGAAUUAACUGUAUAAGAGAUACGGGUAGUGACGGCCGACAGUCCGAUUACGAUGAAUCGUCUGACGGUAGAUCGUCUGCACGAGACGAUAGUCUGACUUUUCGCGAAUUUGAAAUAAAGGAAGUACGAGUGCUGCUGCAUGACAUUAUGUCUAGCGAAAAAUAUCGUAAAGUAGUAAAAACUUCUUUUGAUAAACGUUCCUCAUCUGAAAAACAAAAGAAACUAUGGGAAGUAGAGAAAAUUGUACAGAAAUGCGAGCAGAACGGCAAGGUGCGCUAUUUGGUGAAGUGGAAAAAUUGGAACGUUAAGUACAAUACAUGGGAGCCGAUGAGCAAUCUUAUCAACUGCGAGGAGUUACUCUUUGAGUUUGAGAACAAUCGGCAAAAAUUGAUCGACCGAUUUAAGGCAAAGGUGAACUUUUAUCCAAAAACAGUUCACGUUGAAGAUUUUUUAACACAGCUGCUGCGCGAAAACAAAUCGAUAGACGAUGUCACGUCUGCUGCCGUAGCCGCAGCUACCGAGGAUGGUGUGUUCGCCGACAUCCGACGGUACUUAAAUAAUGAUUCGCGCAACAAUAAAUUAGAAGCGAAGAUCAAGCAUCAAAUUUUGUGUAUGUUACUGAUCGAAAUACGACGUACUCAGCUCGAAUCACUGCAAGAUUGGGAGAACGAGAUGAAUAGUAUUACAAAAGGCAAGCCGAGAAUACAAGUGGAAAACUUGAUAGAUCUGGAAAGCGCGCCGCAAGAUUUCUUCUAUAUCGACAGCUACUUGCCAGGUGCAGGCGUCAUAAUACCGGACGAUCCACCGAUCGGUUGUGAAUGUAACGUCUGCGAAUCCAGCGGCAAGUCCGGUUGCAAAUCCAAUUGUUGCUUUACCCAGAACGGUAUGCAGUCGUUACCAUACACGACGGCAUUUCGGGUACGUGUGCCACCUGGCACGCCCAUUUACGAAUGCAACAAACGCUGUACUUGCGACGCACAGACUUGCCAGAAUCGCGUGGUGCAGCGUGGCAGUGACAUGCAGCUGUGCAUCUUUCGCACGAACAAUGGUCGCGGCUGGGGUGUGCGUACUCUACGCGCGAUUAAGAAAGGAACUUUCGUUAUUCAGUAUGUCGGUGAAGUAAUUAAUAGUGAAGAAGCGGAAAAACGUAGUAAGCAGUAUAAUAUAACCGGUCGUACAUAUCUCUUUGAUCUCGACUACAAUGAGACCGAUGAUCAAUGUCCAUAUACUGUGGAUGCAGCCAUGUAUGGUAACGUCUCGCAUUUUAUUAAUCAUUCGUGUGACCCGAAUCUUGCCGUUUACGCUAUUUGGAUCAAUUGUCUGGACCCAAACUUACCAAAUCUUGCGCUUUUUGCCAUCAAAGACAUUAAGCAGAAUGAAGAACUAACUUUCGACUAUACGUGCCGGGAAUCAACACCGAAUACACAGACACCACGCAAUAGUAGCGAGAAAAUGCAGCAGUUGGAUAAUGAAUCAGAUGUCAAGAGUAGCGUCUCGAAAUACAGAACUAUUUGUAAAUGUGGUGCUGCCACAUGUCGUCAGUACCUAUUUUAAGGAAAGUAGGAUUUUGUUAUUUUUGUUACCUAUUCAUUAAUUUAAACUAUUUUUUGUAUGUGUUAUAAUUGUAAUGUAUUAUGAUUGUAAUUCAAAAAAAAAAAAAAUAAAUUUGUAACUUAGAGAUAAAUAGAACAAUGCGUCUAAAAUUCUCGUCGACUUUCUUUUUAUCAAGUAGAAUGUCAAAUUUUAUAUUGGAUCUAGCUCGGAUCUGCAUCGAAUGACAUUCUCUGUUCAGAAAAAGUAAAUUGGAUCGAAAACUCUUCAAGAUAAAUUUGUAUCAAUAUAAGAGUGUCUUAAUAAUAACACAGAACAAGAAAUUACGAAAUUUAAAGGAGAAACCUACUAAUUCGAUUUUUGAAUAACUUGAGUUUUUAUAAUUAAGUUUAUACUAUUAUAAUAGAAUUAUAUAGUUAUAUAAGGUAACUUU